AUGGCUCGAUUAACAGCCGAUGAAUACGUGGACUCAUCAAAAGUCAUCCUCGAAAACGAAGCUCGCAAUACUGUACAAAACUUUCUCUACGGCUUCGAAAUCAUCGCGCGCCUCUUCCAGGGCCCAACAAUCGUCCGGAUCGUCACAUCAGACUAUCACGCUGCUAGAACAUUCUACGUCGCGCAUUCUGUUUUAAAAAGCAUGGACUUGCCAAGAUUUAAACUCGAAAUCAUCUCCGCCUUUACACACGACGAAGUCUACAGAAACGAAAAGUUCACCGGAGAAUUCGAAAAGCUACCCAGUACGGUCGGUUAUCUCCUCAAAAAAUAUCAAUUAAAACCGCUGCCGCAAAAUUAUUUUCUUACUGCCUUGUCGAUGAUGGAGAAAAAAUAA